AUGGAAAUUCCAUUUUCCCCUUUUUGGCGGCUUUUUUCUCCUCCUUUUUCUUCGGGCACAACAAACGGUCACGUAGAACAAAACAACGCAAGUAGAACACAAAUGGCAUUGAAUCUCGCGGUGCUUCAGCGAUUGGACGCCAAGAUUAACCAGAUCUUGGCCACUGCCGGCCAUGUGGCCCUCUACAAAUUUCUUCCCGCUACACAAGCCUGGGAGAGGAAGGAGGUAGAAGGAUCGCUCUUCGUCGUCGAGCGAACCGAAGAGCCGCUACACACCAUCGUCGUGCUCAACCGUAUCAGCAUUGAAAACUUCUGUGAACCCAUCACAACCGGCUUGCAGAUGCGAGUGAGCGAGCCGUACCUUCUGCUGCGCAACUACAAGAACGAGACGACGGGCGUGUGGUUCUACUCCAAGGACGAGCAGCACAAGAUCUCCCAGGCCGUGCGGGCGCUCCUCGACGCCAAGGCCUCGAGCGCGUCGUCGUCCACGUCCUCCACCACUUCCAAAAAGCCCGCCAAGGCCUCUGUCGACAAAGAAAAGACCGCCGCCGCCGCCGCGUCGACCAAGACACCUGCCGACAAGGCGGCGGGCGCUGACAAGACCAGCCAAGCCAGCAGCCCGGCCCCACAGGCCGCCGCAGCCGGCCCGCCCGGCCUGCAACAGCCCUCGGCCGCCGCAGCCGCCGUACCGCCGGCAGUCUCGGCCUCGACGCCGUCGCCAUCGGCCGGCUAUGCGCCGCUGGGCGGCCAGGCGGCCGGCGCGUCGAUUCUCUCGGCCGUGCUGGGCGGCAUUGUCGCUGGGUCCACCGGCGCCGGGUCGACUCCGUCCUACGCGCAGGCGGUUGCCCGCGAUUCCACUUCUUCCACCUCUUCUUCUUCACUUCCGUCGGUGUCUUCUUCGUCCUCACCCGCCGUCGCCGUCGCUGCUGCGGCGCCUCCGGCCGUCAGUGCGCCCACGCCAGCCAAGCCCGAGCAGGAGCCACCACGGGACCACGGCAGCAACGCAGCAGGUGCGGCGCUCCUCAAUCUGCUGCAGCCGUCCGCCGAUAGAGAUCGCGAGCCUCUGCCGCCGCCUCAGCAAAACGGCUCGCUCGUGCAGCAGCCGCAUCCGCAUCCGCACCACCACCUCCACCUGCAGCACCCCCACCCCCAGUUCCCGCCGCACCUGCUCCACGCCCAGCAGCAGCCGGUGCCGCCCCACUUCGGGCAGCCGGCGCCGCACCACCUGCCGCCCAUGCACCCGGGCCAGCAGCACCCCCACCAGCCGCUCCUGCCGCACCACCCGAUCAUGCGCCAGCCCAUGCCCCCUCCGCAGCAGCUUCAGCAGCAGCAGCAGCCACCGCACCCGCAGCAGCUUCAGCAGCCGUUGGUGCCGCAGCAGAUGCACCACCCGGCCCGGAGCGUCGCCAGCAAGCAGCACCUCCGCUCGGUUCUACUCUCACUCGCCAACGAUGACAGUUUCAUCGACAUGGUGUACGAGUGCUACAUGACCCAGCUGGCCCACGGCGCCAGCCAGAAGACAGCGCCCUCCUAG